AUGUCCCGAAGAGACAGUCCACAGUUCGAGAUAAGACCCAAAUCUGACGCAACGCACAAGGCAGUUCAAGCCACUCUCGACGGGGUGACCUCGAACCCCGAGACAGGAGUAGCUGGCCUGGUCUUCGCAGCGAUCAACAAAGAUGGCGAUAUCCUUACGGCCAACGCCUCUGGUAAUCGUGGGUUAGAUACCAAGGAACCUAUGACCUUGGAAACGACCUUCUGGAUUGCGAGUUGCACCAAGAUGAUUACUGCAAUCGCGGUCAUGCAGUUGGUUGAGCAGGGCAAGCUUGACCUUGACGAUCACAAACAGCUGUACAAGCUAUGUCCAGAGUUGGAGAAAGUGCAAGUGUUGACUGACGACGGGAAGUUGGAGGAUAAGGAGGCUGAGAUUACGUUGAGGAUGCUCUUGUCGCAUGUAAGUGUGCUAUCCAUCCACAUCCUCAGAUCAUUCUCUGACCAGUGCCACAGANCUGCAGGUUUCGGUUACGAGUUCUUCAACAAAAAGCUGAGAGACUACGGUCGUCCAGUCGGCUUCGACGUCUUCAGCGGUGACCCGGCCGAUGUUCUCAGGAUGCCUCUGGUCAACCAGCCGGGUAGCAGAUGGGAGUACGGCAUCAAUAUCGACUGGGUGGGCAUCGCACUCGAAAGACAGACCGGCAUGACCUUGAACGAGUACAUGCAGCAAAACAUCCUUCAGCCUCUGGGGAUCCACAAUACAAACAUGUUCCCGACCAAGGAGAUGAAGUCCAAUCUGGCAUCCAUGCACCAACGCUGGCCAGGUAGCCCCCAGAAGGCUGCAGAAAGAGACCAUGUAUACCGCAGACCAAUGGUUGCUGAAGGCAAAGAAGAGCAAAGCAAAAUCCUUUGCAGCGGUGGUGCCGGUCUCUUCUCUCGUCCCACAGAGUACAUCAAGGUGCUUGCUGUCUUAUUGAACGAUGGCACGUGUCCCAAGACGAACAAACAGAUCCUCAAGCCCGAGACUGUCAAGCAAAUGUUCGAGAACCAGAUUACUCAGAUGCCAGACUUUGGACGCCGAGGUAUCCCUGACGCAAAGCCAGAACACACGAACCCUCUCGGAGAUUUGUACCCGCAGGGUGAUGUCGCACAGGUAUGUCGUUUGUGUGUUACUGCAUGUCUCGACCACAUACUAACCACGACCAUAGNNGGUUGGUGCCUUAGCGCAAUGUUGACCAUUGAGCCUGGAGUCACAGGCCGCGGCAAGAAUACCGCAUUCUGGGCAGGCAUUGCCAACUUGUUUUGGUGGGUGGAUCGUGAGAAGGGCGUUGCCGGUAUGAUUGCCAGUCAGGUCAUGCCUUUUGGAGACCCUAAUGUGAUGGGAGCCUGGUUUGGAGCAGAGACUGCGGUGUACGACAAUUUGGGUGCGUCAAAGUGA